UUACGCUUACAAGUACCUGAUUAUGCGAAACAUUUUGUUCUUAAUUUGUAGCCUUAAUUUUUAGCCUGGGAAUCUGUCUUCGUUUAUGUUUCAUAAUCAUAUUGUGGCAAUCCUAUUCCUAUAAUUGUAUAAUACAAUUUAACUUAAUAGACAAAAAUGCAAGUUUCAUAAGCAUAAAAUUAUUUUUUUAACCGACUGAAAGUCCAGGAUCGCAAUAACCACUAAUUACGGAGUAAACAUGCCAAAUAAUUACUCACUGAACAUUGUCCAUUAUUUCUGUAUUUCCGCCUCCCUGGCUGAGCUGUACAGAAGGCUCCUGUACAGUAAUACUAGCUUAAUAGCAGUAGUAGGUUGACUAGUGUACGCGCUGUGUAGCUGUAAUUCUCGUUUAGUACUAGUAGUGUGACCACGUGUAGUUCCGUCUCACGACAUUCCUGAACUACAAAAGAAGCCUGCUGUUCUGCCCGUCACCUGUCAUCACCACUAUGGCACAACACUUUCUGAGCCGUUUCCCGGCGAUGGGGGACCCCCGACCUCCCAUGGUGAUAUUUGCUGGACAGAGCCACCCUGCUAUUGCAGAGGAUAUUGCUGGUCACGUGGGAGUGAAGUUAGGAGAUAUCCUGGUGCACAACCUGACGUCAACAGAGACAGAAGUAAAGCUACAGGAGAGUAUCCGCGGUAAAGAAGUGUACAUCAUCCAGAGCGGAUCAAAGAAAGUGAACAAUGAUGUGUUCGAGAUGUUGACCAUGGUGUACGCUUGUAAAACUUCCUCCGCUCGCAAAAUUGUAGCGGUGAUACCUUAUCUACCUUACUCUAAACAGUGUAGAAUGAGAAGAAGAGCCUGCAUCACAUCUAAACUGAUUGCUAAAAUGAUGUGUAACGCAGGUAUUAAUCAUCUGAUCACUAUGGAUCUUCACCAACGAGAAAUACAUGGGUUCUUCGACUGUUCAGUUGACAACCUCCGAUCUUCACCAUUCCUCUUACAGUAUAUACUAGACAACAUCACCAACUAUCGUGAGUGUGUGAUGGUUGCUAAGAACCCCAGUUCUACAAGACGGGUCUCUAGUUACGCUGAACGUCUCAGAGUUAACUUUGCUGUGAUUCACGGAGAGCUGAAGGAGGAGAGAGAGAUAGAUGGCAGAACGUCACCUCCCCCUACUCCACUAAUCGGAGGUAAUAGCGGUAUUCUACCUGUAGUUACUCCAGCUACCUUCGCCUGCAGCUUCCCAACUCCAAUACCUCCUUAUCAGCAGAAGAUAAAACCCUCUCUUUCUCUAGUCGGAUCUGUUAAGGACAAGAUAGCAAUUUUACUAGACGAUAUUAUAGACGAUGUGGAGCCGUGGUGCCUACUAGCAGGAUUUCUAAAGGAGCAAGGUGCACUGAAGGUGUACGCCAUGGCAACACACGGUAUCUUGUCUGGAAAUGCUCUGCAAAUAAUCAACUCUUCUCCUAGUUUAGAUCAGGUCAUCAUAACGAACACUGUUCCUUUAUCGGACGGACUGGCUCUCUGUCCCAAGAUCCACGUGGUGGACGUCAGUAAAAUGUUUGCGGAGGCUAUCAGGCGGAUACAUAAUGGGGAGAGCAUGUCAGCUCUCUUCACUAAUAUUACACAGGACUGAUAAUGUCACUGUGCUGGGUUAUACUCAUUUGUAGGAUACGAUACUCGCCAGAUUCUGUGAUAAAGCUCGAAUCCUGAAGUAGAAGAUGUCAGUUAACCUCUGGAACACUUUCGCCAGUUUCAGCCAGGAAGCCGCUGAGAAGCUACAAUUGACGCCCCCUGUGUAACCAAUGACCUGGACACAAUACUGCAGCCUCUCUAUUAGACCUUGUUAGAGAGGUUGCAGUAUUGUGCCCAUUCAUCAGAGGGACUGCAGCUAGUCCUAAACAUCCCCGCUCCUUCUCCGCUCCUGCUCUGGAUAUUGCCUUUCAUUAGCAUCAAGAGCGUGUCCACAUGCCCCUAAUUGAUCACGUUCUGGGCUACCCGAUCAAAAGCUUUCACGGAACUACGGUUACUGUGGUUACCAGCUGUUAAAUUAACUAAAAAGCUCUUGUCGCUCCAUUUUGAUUAACGGCCAAAAUCAAGUCAGCACCUAGCACAGACUGAUCAAGUGCGCGAUUAAAUUGUGGAAAGUUGCUAUGAUUAAGGCGUGCACAAUAUAAUAAAAUCUUGACAGACCGAUGGUCCCUGCCUGUUGGUUGUAACUAAUAUUAUAGGGCCUGCUCUUCCAUAUAAAUUCUGAGGUAGCUAAUUUGUUAGUGUUACCAUUGGCCAUCGUUCUUUUGGUGAUGCUUGCCGCGCUGCUCUGAUCAGGUGUGUUUAAUCCGAUUGUCAUAACGCUUUUAAUUUUGUGGUUU